AGCUUUGCUUUCCACGAUUUCCACGAACAGCAAAGAGCGGCAGUGUUUUAAAGAAGGAAGAAGGAAAUCUCUCGUGAUUUCCAGUUUGAUCCUCGCUAUGAGCGCGCGCAGGCCGCCGGAAGAGACAAUCUCGAGUUCCUACAUUUUCAAGGUGCAUUACUUGAUCGAGAGAUGCCUGCUGCUACAUAUGGAUCAAGAAGAAACCAUCGAAGCUCUGGCACAAGCGAAUGUAGACCCAGCUAUUGCUGAAAUAGUUUGGAAUGAGCUCGUCAAGGCCAACACCGAGUUCUUCGCGCACUACUUUCGAGCGAGAGAGGCCAAGCGCAGCAGCAGCAGACCCGCCGAUUCUUCUUCCAGCCGGAGCAGCAGCCCAACAUCGUGGAGCUCGAGUUUAUCCGUACCAAACUUCUGUAAGGAUCAAGGCUGCUUUAGUUCGGAUACCUCUUCGGAGAAGCUUAGGAAGAAUCGCGAAUAAAGAGAUCUUUUUCGCGCUA